CUCUAACCGCCGGGAAAAUCAGGACGGAGAAUGGGGCUGAGGUUGGAAAAGGAAUUGGGGCUGGGAGCACGGAGUGAGGAGGAGCCGGGAGGAGUGAAAACCCGGUGGGAGGAAAUAAUAGGACAAAUUAGUCAAGAUGUCCACAAUUUCAAAGCGUUUUGGACUGAAAUACAAGGAAGAAUCGUACAUCUUUAAAGAGCUUGAGAAGGUUCGCAAGGAGACUAAAAAGGAUUUUCAUCAAUUCAAGCAGAAGUUGGCUUCCAAACCGGCUGUGGGUGAAGUCAUCUCAGGCCUCCAGGCCUGGCAGGGGGAGAAGGGGAGCGUUUCCCACGCCGGCCCUCUCAAGCCACCAGGCCCCCCUCGGGCCAAGGGCCCCGCGCCCCGCGCUGCGGCCCUCGUGCAGCAGGCGCCCCGCGGCGCGGCGCUCCCCCCAGGCCCGAGCCAGGCGGCCGCUCCCGGAAAGACCCGGCCGUUCCGCCCCCAGGACUUCUACUUGCGGAGCUCGGCGUUCCGGCGGCACCCGCCCCAGGAGAAGCCGCCGGUCAUCGCUUCCAUGGCCGGCACGUCCAGACCCGUGGUCCUGGUGCCGCCGCCUGCGCCCAGUGGGAAGGCCCGGGUGCGCCAGGGCCCGAGGAGCCCCCGACCCGCGGGCUCCAAGCCGGUCCUCCUCCCGGCCCGGGAGCCGGCUCCGCUCGCGGAGGCCCGCAGAGCCAGGGAGAGGAAGGGCAGCCCCCUCUCCAGCGACGACGGCGACGCGGAGGCGGCCGGCCUGCAGAGGAGAGUGAGGAUUCGCACCCGCUCCUUACGCGAGGGCCUGGGCGUCGAGCCGCGGGGGGCCUCGGGGCCGGUUUCCAAAAUCGACCGCGAGAGCAACGCGCCGAGCGACGCGCGGGAGGCCGCCCCGCAGGCCCCGCAGCCCGUGCGCGCGGCCCCGACGUCCAUGGAGGAGAUCAUCGCCUCGCUGCAGUCCGAGGCCCAGCUGGCCUCCGACCAGACCAUCAAAGAGCUCAUCCAGAGCGUCCUCGGCCAGAAUUACGACAUUAAGAUGGAAGUAGGUGAACCAGGAGAGUGGUGUUUCCCUGGGUAAAUGCAGCUUUAGAAUAGGUACAUAAAAUCUUUCAGUGAGUACGGUGUGUUACAAGCCAGACCAGCUAGACAAAAUGAUGCGGUGUUGAUCAAGUUCUUUGAGUUUUGAGUUUUCCAUCAAGGGAGGGUAUCAUCUUUUCAAAGUGAAAGAAAUUGAAAGCUGGUCCCAAGAACUUGAGUAGUACAUCACUGAUAACCUUCCAAAGUCUUCCCGAUUAUUUAGUAUGGACAUAACCGAUGUUUCAUAUUAAAAAACUGUCUUUUUCUGUACCAUUGAGCAUUAUUAACUGUGAAUCUAUGUCCUAUGAUCAAUGUACUACUAUUAAG